GCCUGAGCGCCCCCGAUGGCCCGCGACGCGGCGACCUGCGGGAGCGACGCGCGGCUGCAGCUGGGCCGGGACGCCGCGCGGCCGGUGCCCGCGCUGCUCGUCCCCGCGGUGCUUCUGGGCGCUGCCCUCGGCCUUGGCCUCGGCCUCUGGCUCGGCUGCCGCGCCGUCCGCCCGCGCCCGCGACACCAGAAAGACGAUACUCAGAGUCUGCUCCAGAAUUUGGAGUCUAACGUGCAGACCCCGUCAGAAGCCGGCUCCCCACCCAGGAGGAGGAAGAGAGAAGCGCAGACUUCCAAGGACGAGGCGGCCCUGGACGAACGCAGGCCGCCUUUCAACAGCAACAUCACAGCGUUUGCACUGAAGGCAAAAGUCGUCUACCCCAUCAAUCAGAAGUUCCGGCCUCUGGCCGACGGCUCCUCCAACCCGUCUCUGCACGAGACCCUAAAGCAGGCGGUCUUGCCGAACCAGCCGGUGGAGGCGUCCCCUUGCAGCAGCCUGGGGAGCCUGAGCCAGGCCGAGAAGGACGACUGCAGCUCCUCGUCCAGCGUCCCCUCGGCCGCCAGCGAUGACAGAAUCCUCGGCCGCACCUUCCUGGGGGUGAGGAGCUUCCCUGAGGCCCUGACCUGUGAGAGCGUGGACCUGGACCUGUGCAUCCUCAACCUUCACCUGAAAGACCUACUGCGUCUGGACGAGGCGCUGAGACAGGAGAAGCACACGAUGUUUAUUCAGAUUUUAAAAAUGUGCCUCCUUGACCUUCUUCCUAAAAAGAAGUCUGAUGAUGAGUUAUACCAGAAGAUUCUUUCCAAACAACACAAUAAUCUGGAGGAAUUGGAAAAGAGCCUUCAGGUCAGACUGUCGAACACAGAGGCCCUGGGUGCUGGCGACUCUGAGGACAUCACCCUGGCCGACGUGGAAAGGAAGGAGAGAGAAUGUUCUGAGCAGCUGAUAGCUAACAUGGAAGCUUUCUGGAAACAGAUGGAAAGCAUCCAGCACUUUCUGGUGGACCAAUUUAAGUGUUCCAGCUCCAGAGCCCGACAGCUCGCGAUGACUCUGACAGAAAGAAUGAUUGCAGCCGAAGGGCUAUUGCGUGAUUCGCAGGAUUUGCAUGCUCUGGACGCCCUGGAGAGGACGAUGGGGCGGGUGCACAUGGCAAAAACCAUCGCGUUCCUGAAGCUGCAGAUCCAGGAGGAGACCAGAUGCCGCCUGGCCGCCAUCUCCCGCAGCCUGGAGCAGCUGGCCGUCGAGGGGACGCUCUCCGGGCGCCAGAAGGAGGAGCUGCUGACCCAGCAGCACAAGGCCUUCUGGGAGGAGGUGGAGCGCUUCAACAGGGAGUUUGUCCAGCGCGGCAAAGACCUGGUCACGGCCUCGCUGGUUCACCAGGCAGAGGAGAUGACAAGACUCACGCUGGCCCAGCAGGAGGAGCGGGGGCGCCUCCAGGCCGAGAUGGAGCUGACCGCAGACCCCAAGGGGUUCCUCCAGGCUUUUCACGAGGUGCUGGAGAGGCAGAGGCUGAUGCAGAGUGACCUGGAGGAGGAGGGGGACGUCGGAGCCACCCAGGCCGUGGCCACGCUCUGCCAGGAGCUGUACCGCAGCGCCAUGGACACGUUCCAGAAGUUCGUGGACGUCUUGUUCCUUCAGACGCUCCCCCGUGUGACCGGCCUCUCCCAGGCUGAGUGCGAGUACCUGAAGCAGGAGGCCCAGGAGAACGCAGCCCUGCAGCUGGGGAAGUCGGAUCGCUUCCGGAGUCAGCAGUGGAAACUCUUCCAAGAUCUCCAGGAGCAAGAAAAGCAGGUGUGGAUGGAGGAACAUACACUGUCAACUGUGCUGCAGACACACCUGCAGGAUGACCAUGAGAGCAUCAUCCACCAAGUCUUGGACCAACUUGGCGGGCUCAGUGAAGAGUCCACGCAGGGCAUCCUACAGGGCCACGAGCUGCUCCUGUGCUCCGCUCUCCGGAGGCUGGCCCUCCGCGGCAGUGCCAUCACCACCCUGACGCAGAUGAGGCUGUCGGGAAAGAAGAGCCUUCUCCAGGAGCUGCGUGAACAGCACGCCCUGGAGCAGGGCUCCUCCCAGUGUCUGGACGAGCAUCAGUGGCAGCUGCUCAGAGCCUUGGAGGCCCGCGUCCUGGAGGAGGCUGGCCGGCUGGAGGAGGAGGCGCAGCAGAUGCGGCUGCAGCUUCAGCAGCAGCUCCUGGCCGAGGCCCAGGAGGUCGGGCAGCUGCUGCGGCAGCACACGGAGCGAGCCGUUGGGCAGGCACUGCUGGGACACGCGCGCAACACGGCCUCCAGGAGCUGGGCCAAGGACAAGGAUGACUUCAAGAGAGCGCUGAUGGAGGCGGCCGUGGAAAGCAUCUACGUGACCAGCGCUGGCAUCAACCGGCUCGUGCAAGCGUAUUACCAGCAGAUCGGGAGGGCCAUGCAGGAGCACGAGGAGAGGAAGCUGCAGCAUCUGAAGACCCUACAGGGUGAGAGAACGGAAAAUUACAAGCUGCGGAAAAAGCAAGACCUCGGCGAUCCUGUGUCAGGGGCGGCGAUGGCGGGUGGCGUCCAGGAAGCCUCGGGACCCGUGCACCAGAGGAUGCUGGCGCAGCAGACCAAGUUCCUGGCUCAGCUCACCGUGCACCAGCGGAGCCGCCUGCACGCGCGGAAGCAGGAGGCGAGGGUCAUGGAGCAGCUGGAGGCCCAGCUUGAGACCCAGCUGCAGGAAGCUGAGCAGCGCUUCGUCGCGGAGCUGGCGGCCCUGGCCCGGGUGCCCCUCGCCGAAAGCAAAGCAUCCUCCAGUCAGCGCGGGCUGUCAGAUAAGCCCCUAAGGACCAAGAGGAGGAAGCCGGCACCCCGAGAGAGAGGGGACCCUGGGGGUCCCAAGGACGAUGACCCUGCCUCGGGAGGGCCCCCCUCAGGUUUGCUCAGCAAAAGGCUGAGUCAGCAGGAAAGUGACCUUGGUGACGGUGACAAUUCCAAGAAGAUGCUAAAGAGAAGCAGCAAUCUGUAGCUUAAGGCCUGCUCGGGGUGUCUCCUGAAGACCCGGUCUGACCACCGCCUGUCCCUCCCCCAGGCCAUGAGGAGGGACUGGUCAUCGGGGGAUGGUGGGGCCUCCCCUCUGCCCAAGGGCUGUAGUUUUGGGUGGAGAAGGGGUGAAAUCCCAGAGGAGGCCUCGAGGAGUAAGGCGGACCUUCCCGCUGCCUGUGACAGUCACACCCCCGUGUUGGAAACAUGUCUUUUCGGUUUUGUGCCUCCGCUUGGCUUCGAGAUGUGGCUCCGCUCCUUGGGGAGCCCCUCCUUCCUGGCUCUCUGUACCCCCUACCCCCGGGUCCCCAUGUCGUCCCAAACCUGCCUUCCCCGAAGGCUAGCUGGUCUCCUUCCCACCCUGCUCUCCGGCGUCCUGGUGGAGACCCGCGUGCUGAAGGGGCCACCGGGUGAGCUGGUGGGUCCUGGGUCUUCUCUCCUCCAUCCCCCAGCCCCGCCCUCUCUGUGCCGCACACGCCGUGCCCACGGGCCUUCUCAGCAGGACCCAGUCCCUCCUUUGGCUCAGCCCGCAGCUAAAACCUGGUCACUGUGAGGGGAUCUGAGUCAUGUAGACCGUGAAGUCCCUGGGCUGCAGGCCUGUCCUCACCCGCCCUGGGGGUCUGCAGACUCAGGGACACGUAAUGACACCUGCCCUGUCCUCCCCUGUCCUGGGGACCUGGGGACCCACGGACACAUCAUGACACCUGCAGCAGCACCUUCUGUUGGAGACCUGGAAGCACUAUGAAGCACUCACCCAUCCUGAGCCUUCCUGGAGAGGGAGAAGUGCUUGCUGCCCGACAGACCAGCCUCCCCUAAAGAGAAAUGCUUCUUCCAGAGGAUUCUGGGAACAUCCAGAAGCUUCCAGACCAGCCACUGCCAGGAGAGGCCCUUCCCACCUAGAAAGGAAAUUGGUCUUUUCACUGAAAUCAGGGAUUCUCAAUCUUGGCACUGCAGACAUUUGGGGGGAGAAACUCCUUUGGGGGUCGGGGGGCUGUCUUGUGUGUUAUGGGAUGUUUAGCAACAUCCCUGGCCUCUACCCACCAGAUGCCAGGAGCCCUUCCCAGCUGUGACAACCAAAAAUGUCUCCAGACAUGGCCCAUUGACUCCCUCGGGGGCAUCGCCCGCCGACCUGAGUCCCAGCGUGCCUGCUCCAGCAAGUCUGGGGUGGAGAGUUCAGCGUUUCCAUGAAUUCCCGGUGCACAGUGGGCAGCAGGUUCCAGAAGCCCCUGCCUCAGGGAUUUUCUGGACCAUUUGUGGUCUGAAUUUUUAUUUCCUAAAGCCUAGAUUAGUCUCUUAUUCAGGAAAGAGUGGCCCCUUAACAAGUCAUCCAUGAUAGUUACUUCCUUAAAGAUACCAACCCUCACAGCCGCUCAGGUCCUGACUGGCGGCAGGUGGAUUUCCAAAGUUAACCAAUAGCUCCCUCUUGUGGCUAAAUAAAAUAUUUCCUUAUUCUGCAA